AUGCCCCCAAACGACGCCGACAAGCAGAUGGAUGCUGAUCAGGAGGAGCGCCAGGCCCUGGGCCGGGUGGCACAUGCGCUGCGCCACUACCGCUCGGGCGUGGAGCCUGAGGUAGCGCGCUGGGAGCGCAACCUGAGCCUGCUGAGCCCGCAGCACAGGGCGCUGGUGCCGCGGCUGCCUGAAAAGAUUGCGGCUGCACGUCAGUGCAUCUACCGCAACCAGCUGUUCAUCAACGCCAUGCUGUCCAUGUUUGUGGAGGACGGCGAGGAGGGGCUGGCGCCGCCGCACCUGGCGCCCGCCAGCGCCGCCGCCGACGAGUACGAGGCGGCGGUGGGUGGCACCGUGGCGCCACAUGACCUCGACAAGGCGAGGUACGUGCUGAAGAACAUCGCGCGCGACUGGUCGGAGGAGGGUGCGGCUGAGCGGGCGCAGUCAUACGGCCGCAUCCUGCGCGAGCUGCGCCGCCUGUUUGCCGGGUGGCCGGCCGGCGCGGCCGAGCCGCCCAGCGUGCUGGUGCCGGGGGCGGGGCUGGCGCGGCUGUGCCUAGAGGUGGUCGACAUGGGCUUCCAGGCGCAGGGCAACGAGUUCUCCUACUUCAUGCUGCUCACCAGCGCCUACCUGCUCAACGGCUGGACGAUCCACCCCUGGUGCCACAACAGCUGCAACCAGCUCAGCACAGACGACCAGCUGCGCGGCGUGCAGGUGCCCGAUGUGCACCCCGCGGCGCUGGUGCCAGGUCCGGGCCUGCUCAGCAUGUCUGCGGGCGACUUUGGGGAGGUGUACCGCCAGCCCGAGUACGCCGCCGCCUUUGACGCCGUGGCCGCCUGCUUCUUCCUGGACACAGCCCACAACGUGCUGGAGUAUCUGGAGGUCAUCUGGCACACGCUGAGGCCCGGUGGCUACCUGGUCAGCCUGGGCCCCCUGCUGUACCACUGGGCGGAUGCGCGCAGCUACCUGGGCGGGGAGCAGCUGUCGGUGGAGCUGAGCCUGGAGGAGGUCAAGGCGGCGGCGCUGGCGCUCGGCUUCCGCCUGGUGCGGGAGGAGAUGGUGGAGGCCGGCUUUCUGGCCAACCCGCGCUCCAUGAUGCAGGCCUCAACCUACCGCUGCGCCUUCUGGACCCUGCAGAAGCCCGGCGCCGACGCCGGCCCCGCCACGGCGGCUGGCGGGCAGCAGGAGUCGGCACCGCCGUUGUGA